GACAACACAUCUAUCAUCGGAUUUAAGCCUAGCAAAAUAAUUGUAAUUUCAGGUUAGAUUCUGUCGAGGGUGGAGGAAAGAGUUCGAAAAUGAUGUCGCUUGGAAGGAAUCUUGUAGAAAGCUUCAUGCUGAUGAAAAGACAACAAUAGACUUGGCCAUGCGGUUGGCAUUAUUUCCUGAAGAUAUGUUCAAGAUGCUGAUGGAGGUGUUCGCUCUAUACGAGGAUGGGGCGACAAAAGACCAGCAGCUCAAAGCAAAAGAUCUAAAAAAACCAGAUCUGCAACAUGCCUGUUUCAGUGCUAUGGUGCACCUCCACAAUGAGGACAUUGAAUGGCUUUUGCAGAAAAUAAUGAACAAGGAUCUUUCUAUCGCCGAAAUGAAAAAAAAAGCGAAGGAAUUAAAAGGCCUUCAGAAGGUGAAACGUGCCUUCCUGAUUGGCGUCGGCAAGGCUACAUGGGAGGAAGCAACAAGUGCCUUUCCAGAGGAAACAAAGGAUGAAUUGCUUUCAAACUGGAAAGAUUAUUCUUUCAGUGGGGGCUCUGUUCCUGAGUCGUUUAAUGCGUUCAUCAGUAGAACAAUGGCAGUGAACACAAAUGACAAUGUGUCUAAGGUGAACUUCCUCAAACUUGGAAAAAAUGACAUAAGUCCAGAUGUAGUGAGUAAAGCAAGCCAACUGGUGAUUUGCAAGGUAAUUUCAACUAAUUAG